UUGCAGUUCGUGCUUUUCAAUCAGUUACAUAGCCAUUAGGGUUUCCGUUGCGACAGAUUUCCGAUUCCAUCCUCAGGCUUAGCUGUUCUGCGCCAAUGGAGGCGUUUGGCGGUUACUUCCUGGACGAGAAAGCAGUUCGCGUCGAGAACAUCUUCCUCGAUUUUCUCAAGAGUUUUCGUACGGAGGGGAGUGGGGAAUUGUACUACGAAGCCGAAAUGGAGACGAUGAGAGCAAACGAAUCCAGCACCAUGUUCCUUGAUUUCACUCAUGUCAUGCGAUACAGCGACCUUCUCCAGAAGGCCAUUGCCGAAGAGUAUUUAAGGUUUGAGCCUUACUUGAAGAAUGCAUGUAAGAGGUUCGUGAUGGAGUUGAGACCCACCUUCAUCUCCGAUGAUAACCCUAAUAAAGACAUCAAUGUUGCCUUUUUCAACAUCCCUUUCUCUAAGCGGUUGAGGGAGUUAACAACAGCAGAAAUUGGGAAAUUAGUAUCAAUCACCGGAGUGGUCACUCGCACGAGUGAGGUUAGACCUGAGCUUCUUCAAGGAACUUUCAAGUGCUUGGACUGUGGAGGUGCUAUCAAGAAUGUUGAACAACAGUUCAAGUACACAGAGCCAAUAAUCUGUCCAAGCCCAACAUGCUCGAAUAGAACAAGAUGGGCAUUGCUUCGACAGGAGAGCAAAUUUACAGAUUGGCAAAGAGUCAGAGUACAGGAAACAUCUGCUGAGAUACCUGCAGGUUCCUUGCCCAGAUCCCUUGACGUUAUUCUCCGCCAUGAUAUUGUUGAACAUGCCAGGGCUGGUGACACGGUGGUUUUCACAGGCACUGUGGUUGUAAUACCAGAUAUAUUGGCUUUGGCCUCACCGGGGGAGAGAUCAGAAUGCCGUCGAGAAGCUUCCCAGGGGAAGAAUUCUUCCGUUGGAACUGAAGGUGUUAGGGGCCUUAAAGCGUUGGGAGUACGAGAUCUUUCCUAUCGCCUUGCCUUUAUUGCCAAUUCAGUUCAGAUCGCUGAUGGUAGAAGAGAUAUUGAUAUUAGAAAUAGAAAGAAGGAUACUGAUGAUGAUGAAAGUCAGCAGUUCACGACCGAAGAGCUAAAUGAAAUUCAAAGAAUGAGAAAUACCCCUGAUUUCUUCAACAAGCUCAUUGAUAGCAUUGCCCCAACUAUUUUUGGUCACCAAGACAUAAAGAGAGCACUCCUGCUGAUGCUCUUGGGUGGCGUACACAAAUUUACACAUGAAGGAAUCAACUUGAGAGGAGACAUCAAUGUUUGUAUAGUUGGAGAUCCUAGCUGUGCAAAGUCUCAGUUCCUUAAGUAUACUUCUGGCAUAGUUCCAAGAUCUGUCUACACAUCUGGCAAAUCCUCGUCUGCUGCGGGCUUGACUGCAACUGUGGCAAAAGAACCAGAAACUGGGGAAUUUUGUAUUGAGGCUGGCGCUCUGAUGCUUGCUGACAAUGGAAUUUGUUGCAUUGAUGAAUUUGACAAGAUGGAUGUCAGAGAUCAGGUAGCAAUUCAUGAAGCCAUGGAACAGCAGACAAUAAGCAUUACAAAGGCAGGAAUACAAGCUACACUUAAUGCUCGAACAUCAAUUCUAGCUGCAGCUAACCCCACCGGUGGUCGAUAUGACAAGUCCAAGCCUCUCAAGUAUAAUGUGGCUCUUCCUCCUGCAAUUCUUUCGAGGUUUGACCUGGUAUAUGUAAUGAUUGAUGACCCUGAUGAUCAAACUGACUACCACAUUGCCCAUCACAUUGUGAGAGUUCACCAAAAGCAUGAGGAAGCACUUGCUCCUGCCUUCACCACAGCAGAAAUACAGCGUUAUAUUGCAUACGCAAAAACUUUGAAACCAAAGCUAAACUCAGAUGCAAGAAAACUUUUGGUAGACUCAUAUGUUGCUCUUCGUAGAGGUGAUACUACUCCAGGGAGUAGAGUUGCUUAUCGUAUGACUGUUAGGCAGCUAGAGGCAUUGAUCAGGUUGUCUGAGGCCAUUGCUCGGAGUCAUUUGGAGACACAGGUACAACCACGCCAUGUUCGUUUAGCAGUGAGACUGCUUAAAACAUCUAUAAUUAGUGUUGAGUCCAGCGAGAUUGAUUUAUCUGAAUUCCAAGAGGAAAACUUUGAUGGUAGAGAUGAAAAUAGUGGGGCUGGUCAAGGUGAUACUCAACCUAGUAAUGGAGAAUCUCAGCCAGCUUCUGAAAAUGCAGAAGGUGAAGCAGAUGCAGGGAACCGCCAAGGAAGAAAGCUUGUAAUAAGCGACGAAUAUUUUCAGAGAGUUACCCAAGCCCUUAUCAUGCGACUUAGACAACAUGAACAAAGUGUACUGGACGAUGGGUCUGGACUGCCCGGGUUGAAGCAGAGAGAGUUGAUCGCGUGGUACGUGGGCCAGCAAAAUGAGAAAAAUGCCUACAGUUCACAGGAGGAAGCAGCAACAGAAAUUUCCAAGAUCAAAGCUAUUAUAGAGAGCUUGAUACGAAGGGAAGGUUUCUUAAUUGUGUUAGAUGAGGGCAGGCAAGAAGCAGGUGAAGCUGCAGUGCAACCACCAUCUAGAAAUGACAGAAUAUUAGCUGUGGCUCCAAAUUAUGUCAUUGAUUGAUACGGCCACUAAAUGAUAUGCCUUUACUAGAGAACUGAAGACUGGAUCAUAUGGGACUCGUAUCAUCUUCAUGUGAAUCAGACUGGCAUGUUCAACAAUAUGACAAAAAUUGUUGCAUACUUGUGGUUGGAAGAGAUGUUUUAGCUUGUGCCAUAAUGAUCCCCCAGUCUAGUACUACUAAUUGAAGAUAGUAAUUAAAUGUUGUAAAUUAGUAUUAAUUUAGAUUGGCUACUCACUGAAGCAAGACAUUCUUUCUACUCUUAAUUGUUAUUGGGUUUGAAAUUUGAAUUUCUCAAAAGGGUCUUGUUGGGUA